GGAUUGGCCAGCUAAAUGACAAGGAUGUGUUAUGAACCCCUUGUUUACAGGGGACGGGAGCAAGACGGACGGGAACGGGAGUCGGGAGAUAAAGGAACCCCGCUGAAAGCGGUAAUGGACGAAAAGGGAUUGGAAAGAAAUUGUCCUCUCCCCAGUUUGCACUCGUUAUACGAAACCAAGAUGGCGGCUUCAGUAGGGCUGAAACGCGGAAAUAUUCUCUCCCCAGUGAAGAGCAAUUUACGGAUCAUUGACGGAUUCAGUUUCGCUUUGUUAUUUAACCAAUCCAACCAGUCCAAUUCUUCAUUUUGUUCACAUUCAGAUAAUGAGACACAAUUUCGUUACGAAUCAUCACACUCCGAGGAAUAACGAAUCUGGAACGUACUGUUUUCACUGUUGGUCGCGAGGCUGUUUUGACAAAUUGUGUCUGUUGCGUAAAUAUUGGACAUUCAUGGAGAUAUUUUGUGUCAAGAAAUACUUUGAAGUCACUUGCCAAGAUUAAACAUGCCUCCGGGAUUUCGGCGUAAUUUCUGGGACAAUUAUGAGCCCGGUUCGCUGGUGAAUGUUGAUUGCUUUCUGCCAACCGGAGUGGUUAUUCAACUUCAAGUUCGCACUGACGCACCUCUGGGAGAGAUCAAGAAUCGACUGUGGAGAGAAGCCAGCAGUUAUCCCUUGUUUAAUUUGCUCAAAGAUGCAUCAGCCUACGUGUUUGUGUGCGUGAAUCAGAAAGGAAAACAGGAGGAACUCUUGGACGAAUCGCGCCAGUUGAUCGAUGUGCGUCCUUUUAGACCGUUGUUGAAACUGAUCCACAAAAAAGGUGACAACGAAGAGAAACUAUUCAAUUCUCACAUCGGCAACCUGAUCGGGAAGAGCUUGCAUGAAUUCCAUCAAAUGCAGGAUACCGAAGUGGACGAUUUCCGUCGAAAGUAUCGUCAAUUUGCGGAGAAAAUUGCCUGCGAGCGGCGUCAGCUCGAUUGGAUGGGACGGGCGAUGUACGCCUACCCUCCCGAAAUUGAAACCACUGAGCCCGCUUCGCAUAUUGAAAACAAUUUAAUGGAAAGCAGGCGUUUCUUAGUCAAUGUGGCCAUCAAGAACAAUCGAGCUUCAGUAAAAGACAUGCACGUUUUCAACGUUCCUGCAGAUGCGUUUCCAGAAGAGCUCUUGACGUUGGUGUUGAAGAGGCGAAGUGUUGUUAUGGGAGAUCUGGACCUUGAAAACCAGUCUGAUUGGGUGUUGAAGAUUGUUGGGCAAGAAAGUUAUUUGUUGGGAAAUUAUUCACUAUUGCAGUACACGUACAUUCGCACUUGUAUAUCUAAGGGUGUCAGACCAAUGCUUUCACUUGUGCUUCGUUCCUCACUUCAAGUUGAAGUACUCGACAUGCAGAGUAGGAUAAGUCAUUUUCCACAAGGGCCAGUUCCGCCACUACCCCAAAAAUCAUUGCCAGCAACUCUACAACUGUGGGAUAUUGAGACACAUGUACGAAUUAAGAUUGUUUCUGCAGCUAAUGUGAAUGCAGGUGAUUUAAUGAAGGUUGGUGUGAGAGCAGGUAUUUACCAUGGUGCAGAAGCUCUGUGUGACAUUACAAGCACAAGACCAGAGAGUGGAUCAAAUCCAUCUUGGAACCAGUAUUUGGACUUUGACUUAAAUAUGGUUGAUAUUCCUCGUAUGGCACGCCUUUGCCUCGUUAUUUAUGGCAUUUAUGUUACUACAAAGAGGACCAGAAGAAGGACAAAAGAGGAAAUCAUUCCAAUGGCAUGGGUUAACACGACCCUAUUUGAUUACCAGGGUAAACUACGGCAGGGUCCAUUGAAGCUCUUUGCGUGGGCUGUACCUGAAACAAUGGCAGAUCAACUCAAUCCAGUUGGUACAGUGGUCUCCAAUCUCAACACUACUACCUCAGUCUCACUCAACAUUGAAUUUCCAAGCUACUGCCAUGCUGUUGUGUAUCCGUCAUUCGACAUCGUUGCUGAACUGGCCGCAGGAGUAACUGACGCCAAGAUUUUUGGAGGAGCAGAUGAAACAUUGCUUGAACAACUAAGGCAGGUUGUAGACCGUGAGCCUUUGGCAGUGAUCUUUGAUCAAGAAAAGGAGCUUGUUUGGGAGAGGAGAAUUGACUGUCGAGAACAUUUCCCACACGCUCUAGCAAAAUUGUUGUGCUGUGUGAAAUGGAACAGAAAGGAAGAUGUUGCUUUGAUGCAGAUUGUGCUUCCAACUUGGCCCAGGCUGGACCCAGAGCAGGCUUUAGAACUGUUGGAUUUCACAUAUGCUGACCAGGAAGUAAGGAAGAUUGCUGUGCAGUGCAUUGAAAACAUGAGCGACAGGGAAAUUUCACAAUACCUUCUACAGCUAGUCCAGGUUCUUAAAUAUGAAUCGUACCUAGAUAAUGACUUGGCAGAAUUUUUACUCAGAAGAGCUCUUAAGAAUCAGCACUUUGGACAUCAGUUGUUUUGGUUCCUCAGAGCUGAAAUGGAGAACCCAGAAGUAUCAGUAAGGUUUGGUCUGAUGUUAGAGGCUUACUGUCGUGGUGCCCCGUCACACAUGAAAAGCCUGCAGCGUCAGGCCCAUGCUCUUAGCAAGAUGAAGGCUGUUACUGAGCUACUGCAGCUUAUGGAGAAGGACAAAAGGGACAAGAAUUUAAAAGCUAUGAAAGGACUCCUACGACAAAAAACUUACCAGUUGGCACUAUCCAAAAUUAGCUCUCCUCUUGAUCCAAGCUACGAGCUGCGAGAGUUAAAUGUUGAAGAUUGCAAGUUUAUGGAUUCAAAAAUGCGGCCACUGUUUUUAGUGUUUAAAAACUGGGAUGACUUGGGUGACCUUGUACGCAUUAUCUUCAAGAAUGGCGAUGAUCUUCGUCAGGACAUGUUAACGUUACAAAUGUUUAAAAUCAUGGACAGGAUCUGGCAGAAUGAAGGCCUGGAUUUAGGAAUGACCCCGUAUGGCUGUUUGUCCACGGGCAGCUCUGUUGGACUGAUCGAGGUCGUUCAUGAUUCUAUGACCAUAGCAAAGCUACAGAGAAACAAGGGAGUCGCUGCUUUCAAUUAUAACUGCAUUUUGGAUUGGCUGAAGGAAUUUCACUCCACUGAAGAAAGUCUGUCUGAGGCCGUGCGUCGUUUCACGCUCUCUUGUGCCGGGUACUGUGUGGCUACGUAUGUUCUGGGGGUGGGUGACAGGCACAAUGACAACAUUAUGGUGAAGAAAACAGGACAGAUUUUCCACAUCGACUUCGGUCAUAUCCUCGGUAACUUCAAGAGCAAGUUUGGAGUUCAGAGAGAAAGGGUACCCUUUGUACUUACCGAUCAUUUUGUACAGGUGAUUUCCGAGGGCAAAAAGCAAGGCACGGUCGAGUUUAAGAGGUUUAAACAGCUCUGUGAACGAGCCUUUCUGAUACUUCGCCGCAAGGGACCUCUUCUGAUCAACCUGUUUGUCAUGAUGUUGUCCGCUGGACUCCCAGAGUUGCGGUCACUUGACGACAUUGGCUACUUGCGGAAGACACUGUUGUUGUCUUCCUCUGAAGAAGACGCCAUCAAGGAUUUUAGGAAGAAGUUCGACCAUGCCAUCAACAAAAGCCUUUCAACGUCAAUGAACUGGUUUGCUCACAAUUUAAACCAAAAGUAACCCUUGAAGAGUAUCGAAAUUGCAGAAGCUCCCCUAUUUUAAAGUCACAUGUUCAGUGGAUUGGUUUCGUACUAAAAGCCCAUUUAAGGCCUGAAAUGUCCCAUUUGGCCAGCGGCAGGGUCAAGUAAACGCGGGAAGAGUUACAGUGACCAGGUUUUACGUUUUUCUCUUUUAAAUUUGAUUGGCUGGAGAGAAAUAAGCUUGUUACGCUACGUAUCUUUCUCUCAACUUGUCCCGCGAAUGUUUGCGCUGCUGCAUUACAAAUUUCACAAGACAUUGCCUAGUAUAACCGUUUGAAAUGACCUUUCGUUGCAGUAAUCGCUGGAGAACUUGAUUUGAUUUUGUGCUACCCUUGAUGCAUUCAAAUGUUGCGAAACAUGUUCAUUUACACUUACACUUUUUUUGAGCAAGCUUUGUCGCAACAAGUUAAAAUUGUGAGACAAGUUGACAGAAAAAUUGCCCAAUGUAACAAAAGUACUUUACGCGAGUAAGAGUAACUUGACAAGUUUUUUACGGGGCUGUGUACAGGAAAACAAGUUCUUGUUGACAGUAGUUGUAAGUCUUUUUGCUGGUGUGAGGCAAAAGUUAAAUAUCAUGUCCUUGACUAGUCUUGUUAAGAUAAAUUGAAAACAGGUAAAUUUGUCAAUCAAGACACCAAAUUUGCAACUAAGCAUUCUAGCCAAAUGAGUACUGUUUUGUUGUACACACGUACAAUAUACCGUAAACUGCCGCUUAGAAGCCCCUCCGGUUAUAAGCCCAUCUACCUGUAAACGAAAAACGUACAUCUGGUUGUAAGCCCCCACCCCCACCCCCCGGAUUUAAGCCCCCACUAGUUUUCCUUGUUUUGAAUUCAUUUUAUUAUGAUGUUUUAUAUUGAUGUUUGAAAGCUUAAUUUCCAGUAAAUGGAAAAUCUAUUUCGAUCAACCUGUGCAGCUAUAGUUCGUAUCGAAACGGGUUUUUUAAAUUCCGGUUAUAAGCCCCCUCGGAUAUAGGCCCCUCCAUUUAUAAGCCCAUCUAAAAACUCUCACGAAUUUGUUUAAACCCGGGCAUUAUAAGCGGCAGUUUAUGGUACAAUUCUCAGAAUAAAAGGUGUGAAUUUGCGUUCAAUGCAGCUAAAAGUUGCAUGCGGAGUUAUUUUUUUUAAUCGAACACAAAUACAUAAUUAUGUUCUUGAGGUAGCUUUGCUGCAAUCGUUUCUAAAAAAAUGGACUUCAAUCUGUUUUGUGCAAUGCUUGUUGCAACGAAAGUGUUACUGGACAUAUCCACUGCUUGCGUUUUUAUACUGGGCAAUCUGUUCUUACAAUCUGUGAGUAGCAACAAAAUUGCGGGAGAAGGUCCUUAGUGUAAUAGCGCCUGCAGGGAAUUUUCCCUCAAUUUUGGUGUAACUAUAAAAUAGUAUGAAAAUUUAUCAUCAUUUAUUAGAAUAGAUAUUAGAUAUUGUUAGAUAUUUAUUAGUCUUAUUUAGUAUACUUUUUUAGUAAUUCGAGGUUAGUUGGAAAUAUUAAAAUAAAAUUUAUAUUUCGAAGGCAGAGUAAAGAUGGAGAAAUAAUGACAUUGAAGUAUAAACUUAGCAAUGAAGUAUAAAUUAUUGUGUGUUGGGCUAACCCGCGUAGCGUAGGAUUUCGCGCGUGACUGGUUUGCUUCGCCCACGCCCUUUUCCCUUUCGGAAACGGUCGUUGCCAUUUUUGCGACAUUUAGAAAUUUUGCCAACUAUUAAUGAGUUUUUUUCUACCAAAUUAGAGAAAAAGAAAAGUUAUAAGUCACGACCCGGUAUCGAACCCAGAACCUUUCGCAUGCUAACUAUACACCACGAGGUUGAUCCGGCAUCGACCAUUUACGAAAGGGAAAUCAGCUCCGCCGGCGGAGACGCGGACUGGUAGGGCUCACUCACGGUUCUUUCGUCAGAGGCUCCACCGUUAAAACAAAGCACUCACGGGCAAAAUCUAGGCUAAUGUUAGGGCGUGCUCGUACCUUGUACGAUGCGGGCAAUCUAGUGUGAACGCAAACUUGCAUUACUUUAGAGGACUUUCUAAAUUUUUAUACCUAAAUAAACGUGAAAGACCAGUGCCAAAAAUGCGGAAAUUGCCAUUUUUUCGAAGGUAGCUGUUGUCCUCGACCAUAAGAUACGGGUGAUAAUAUUAAAAGAUGCAUAUAUUUUUUAACAUUUCCUCCGUGAGAAGAAGGAUUCCGAGACCGGGCGAUUUUGCCUGUUUAUGGCAAUAAACAGUUGUCCUUCGGUAAAAAAAAUGCACUAAAUUUUUCAGCUUGUUUAUUUUAGACAUAGACUGUACUUGUCUGGACGUUAUAAUAAAGAACAGCUCCGUUCCUGAGAGAACGGCACUAUUACCUCAGAGUUUGUCACGCGUUCAGAGUAAAGAUUGCGUGACGGGCCCACAGAGGUCAGCGACAAGCUCGUGCAACCUCACCAGAAAAAACCAUUGGUAAAGCAUCGAGGGGCAUAAUAUUUGCCCUUUUAAUAAAGAUUUUUCCACGCGGAAACAAUACAUUUGUAUUUGCUCAUGAUUCCAAUUUUUUGGUAUCUAUACCCUUGGGAAAUCUUUGAAAAUUCCGUCCGGGUUUAGGCCCAAAAUAAGAUGUAGCUUGAAUUUAGAAUUGUAACAUUAAGUAUUUCAGAAAGACCUCGUUUUCUUGCUGCGAGACAGCAAUAAUUUU